AACAACAAAGUGCAAAUAUAAUAUCAUCUACUUCUAUAUUACAGCGCAACAGCACGUGUCGCUUUAGGUCUCGCUCUGCUCGUCUCUCGGUUAUUUUUUCUUUGUAGUCUCGUCCAAUUCCAGUCCUUAACUUUGUGAGAAAUGUUUUACUUAAUUGGCCUCGGUCUUGGUGAUCCAAAAGAUAUAACAGUCAAAGGCUUAGAAAUAGUUCGCAAAUGCCAGAGAGUAUUUCUUGAAUCUUACACAUCAAUUCUAGGUUGUCCAAAGGAAGAGCUGGAAGAAUUCUAUGGACGACCAUUAUUAAUAGCUGAUCGGGAUCUUGUUGAACAAGGUGCCGAUGAGAUAUUAGCUGGAGCCGAGACAGAAGAUGUUGCCCUUCUCGUCGUUGGUGAUCCAUUCGGUGCAACCACACACACCGAUUUCAUUUUGCGAGCCAAAGAGAAGAAAAUCUCUUACAAGGUCAUUCAUAAUGCAUCCAUCAUGAAUGCAAUCGGUUGCUGCGGUUUGCAGCUGUACAAAUUCGGUGAGACUGUGUCCAUUCCUUAUUGGGAUGAAACCUGGAAGCCAGAUAGCUUCUAUGAUAAAAUUAAGUUAAAUCGCUUGAAUAAUAUGCACACGCUUUGUUUGUUGGAUAUCAAAGUUAAAGAACCAACUUUGGAGUCGUUGAUGCGUAGACGAAAAGAAUAUUUGCCACCAAGGUUUAUGAGUGUUCAAGAAGCUGCCACACAAGUUUUGACAAUUGUUGAGAAGAAAGAUGCUCUGGAGAAGAAUACAGUUUUGAAUGAGAAAUCGUUGUGUGUUGGAUUGGCUCGUGUUGGUCAUGAUAAUCAACAAAUUGUUGUUUGUACUUUGAGACAAAUGAGUAGUACAGAUUUGGGAGGACCGCUGCAUUCGAUGGUUAUUCCUGCGAAGGAUAUGCAUCCGCUGGAAGUUGAAUUCCUGCAACAAUAUGCGACAAUCAAGUUAGAAGAGUACAAUAACUGACGAGUGUGUAUUAAUUAUAAUAAUUCCACCGAAAUAAAUAUAUAAUGAUUAUUUUUAUAAAAAAAAUAGAAAGAUUGCCAGAAUGUUAUAUUCGCAUGGAGGCAAAUUGAAA